GUGACGUCGCUGUAGAGCCAGAGAUUUGCUGAGAAUAAUCGGGGCGAGCUGAGGUGCGGCAGUUGGAGUUAUACACACCGUCUAUUCCUUCUCCACCGCGAACAGAAAACUGUUCAAUAUUUUAGUGACCUAAUGCCAGGUCCCACCCAAGCACUGUCCCCAAAUGGAGAAAAUAAUAACGACAUCAUUCCGGACAACGGAACCCACAUCAUUCCUUACAGAAAAAAUACUGUUCGAGGAGAGCGCGCCUACAGUUGGGGGAUGGCGGUCAAUGUGUAUUCUACCUCAAUAACCCAGGAGACGAUGAGCAGGCAUGACAUCACUGCCUGGGUUAACGAUCUUCUGUCUCUAAACUAUUCUAAAGUUGAGCAGCUGUCCUCAGGGGCAGCCUACUGCCAGUUUAUGGAUCUGCUGUUUCCCGGCUGCAUCAGUCUUAAGAAGGUCAAGUUCCAAGCUAAGUUGGAGCAUGAGUACAUUCACAACUUCAAGCUGCUGCAGGCCUCUUUCAAAAGGAUGAAUGUGGACAAGAUCAUUCCUGUUGAGAAGCUUGUGAAAGGACGGUUUCAGGACAAUCUCGACUUCAUCCAGUGGUUCAAGAAGUUUUUUGAUGCCAACUAUGAUGGCAAGGAUUAUGAUCCUGUUGAGGCCAGACAGGGGCAAGAUGCUCUUCCCCCACCCGACCCUGGCGAGCAGAUCUUCAACCUGCCAAAGAAGUCUCUCCACGCAGCGAGCUCUCCCACUGCAGGGGCUACCAGGUCAACUAGUUCAACCCCCAAAUCGUCAACACCAACAUCUCGGCCAUCCUCAGCUAAAAGAGCUCCUGCAACCUCAGCAACUCCCGCAAAGGGAGAGAAGGAACUAGAGGCCCAGGUGGCACAGCUCAGUGACCAGUUAAAUACAAUGAAGCUGGCACUGGAGGGCGUUGAGAAGGAAAGGGACUUCUAUUUCGGGAAGCUGCGGGAGGUAGAGCUCCUCUGCCAGGACCAGGGUCCAGAGAACACACCUUUCAUUGAGCGACUUAUGGAAGUCCUGUAUUCAGCAGAUGAAGAGGCGGCGGCCGAGCUCGCGGAGGAGGCAGAGGCCCACGGCAGAGAGGAGUUAGCUCAAGAGCCAGAGGAGGAGCAAGAUGAGUACUGAGCGCUAAGAGGAGCUCUCUGAAGGAGCGCUCCCUUUUGUUUCAUGAGAACUGUUUUUAAAAUCCCAGUUUUUUUCGGUUCAUUUUUUCAUCACUUUUGUUUGUUGUUGUCCUGAGGAUUGAGCACAUAAAUCAUCCCAGAAGCACCCCUGUCCCUCCUUUUUUAUCCACUCCGUCGAAGCAUACUGUUCUUUUUUCCCUUUUGGUGACUAUCAUUGGUUUGAGACGCUGCAUCUUGUCUGUGUCAUGUCCCUCCUGUCCUGAAGGGUCCACAUGCUCCGACCAUCCUGAUUGUCUUUUUUUAAAUCAAGGACUGUUUGCCUGAAGCAGGAAGUUGCCCUAACUUCUUUUGUGAGGCAGUGUUUGUGAAGGAUGGAUAGCUUUUAUCCGUUGGCAGUAUCCUCUUCAUGCAUUUUUUAAUUUGUCUUUUCCAUGUUUUUACAUAUCAAGUGUAGUAAUCAGGACAUAAAAACAAUGCAAUAAGCAUAGUCCGGAAAGGCUUGUAGAUGGGCCUAUGGAACUCCCUAAUGCUCUGAAUUUUGCUUCUCUGUUAGAAAUAUGCUUCUAGAACACUCUGCUCGCUCCUGGAUCCGAGACUAUAUCCUUGUCCAUAAGCUAGGUUUAUAAAGCCAGUUUGUGAGCAUGACCCAUUUUCUGAUAGUCACGGCAGAUACCUUGUCAUACUGCAGUCAGUGCAUUCAUGAGCAAAGAAAAGCUAGACUCGCACCAAACAUGGUGCUGCAAUUUGAAAUGAAAUAUAUGUAUUGUAAUGUCUUAAAUGGGCAGCAUUGCAAUUUGUUGUCUUGAUGCGCAUUCAAUCAUGUUAAGCGUGUCAUUGCAGUGUCCACUCAAAACACUAAAGCAUACCCCUCACCGUCCAGCUCUUUGAAACAAACCAUGUAUAUUAAAGAUGUUUUAAUAUAAUUUUGAACCACAGGUCUUAGGAAAAUUACCAGUCGGAACACCAAGUUAUAUAUGGCAUAAAAGUAUCCCAGUGCAUAGUAUACUUUUUCAUGAUAUUGCAUUUAUUUCCAUGACAACUAAACUCUGCAGCGCACCGCUUUAGUCAUAUAUUGUGUACAAUGAAAAGGAAUGUAAACAUGUAUUGUUAAUAAUUAUAGACAAUGUUUUGUUUUUCUUCUCAAUAGCCUACUCAUUAUGCAUUCCCCAAAAUGUGUUGCAUGUUUGCAUUUUAUUUGUGAAUAACUUGACCUGCUUUUUACAUAUUUAAUAAAAAAAAAAAAAAUGUUAAGUGAGCUGUGUUUUUGUAUGUUUUCCCUGCUGUUGGAGAUCUGUCGAUUUGGAUGGAUUUGCUGUAAUAAACCCUCCACUUUCAAGGACAA